AUGGCCUCCUCCUCCAGGUCAAGGACUUGCGUGCGCACUCCGACAUCACAAGCCAAAAUCUCCAGUUUCGCCGGCUACACGACAACACUUCAACCAGAGUUUCUGAAAAUCUUCACCCUGGCAGGAGUUUUCAAAAAGGGGCUGAGACUGGUGGUGAAACAGAGACUCGAUGCGGCUGCUGAGGAGAUUUUUGGGCUGUUUGAGAAAACUAGAGCAGAUUACGAGGAGCAACUUUCUCGUUUUAAAGAAGAUGAACAACGACACAAACUACUGGACGAUGUUUUCAACUCUAAAGUUCAGCUACACAGAUCAGAUGUCCAGCAGCUGUUGGUGAUUAAAGGCGAUUUCCUCCCUGAGUGGAGCCCUGGACUGGACCACGAGGACACAGACCCCCUCCACAUAAAAGAGGAGCAGGAGAAAGUCUGGAUCGGUCCGGAGGGAGAGCAUCUCAAUGGGCUGGAGGAGGCCGACAUCGCCCGCUUCCCUUUCACUCCUGUUCCUGUGAAGAUUAAAGAUGAAGAUCGGUCUUCGCAGCUCCAUCAAAGCCCAACGCAGGACAACAGAGAGGCAGAGCCUCCAGCCGGCUGCUCAGCUACGCAGAUAAAAACAGAAACCGAUGGAGAGGACCGUGGAGGAUCAGAACCAGCCUGGAACCCAGAACCAGAUACUGAAUCACAACCAAAUACUGACGAUGAAAGGGCUUCAGACUCCUCUGACACUGAACUCAGUGAUGAUGAUUGGCAAAAACCUUUGUCAGAUUCUGGAUCUGAAACCGAAGACAGUGAUGAUGACUGGCAAAAACCUUUGUCCGAUUCUGGAUCUGACACUGAACUCAGUGAUGAUGAUUGGCAAAAACCUUUGUCCGAUUCUGGAUCUGAAAGUGAACUCAGUUAUGAUGACUGGCAAAAACCUUUUUCGAUUCUGGAUCUGAAACUGAAGACAGUGAUUGGAUGGAGACCAGGGCACCUGAGCCGGCUGCAAAUGCUCUGAAAUCUAAGGAAGUCCCUUUAAGUGAUGAGGGAUGUAACGCUGGCAAAAAAUCCUUUAGCUUCUUUAAGUGUAGUAGAAGAUUUUACUACAAGGGAUGGCUUCAGAGUCACAUGACAUGUCAUUUUGGAAAGAGGUCUUCCAGAUAUUUGGUUCGUGAGAAAUGUUUGAGAGCGAAUCAAAAGGUGGAUUCACAGACCAGAGUCCACACAGGAGAGAAACUAUCGGGUUGUGAUGUUUGUGGGAAAAGAUUUAACAAUCGGUCAAAUCUUAAGACACACAUGAGAGUCCACACAGGAGAAAAACCAUUUGGUUGUGAUAUUUGUGGGAAGAAAUUUACAAUGAAGGGAAAUUUUAAGCGACACACAAGAGUCCAUACAGGAGAAAAAAUGUUUGGUUGUGAUGUUUGUGGGAAGAAAUUUACAGAGAAGGAAUAUUUGAAGAUACACAUGAGAAUCCACACAGGAGAGAAAACGUUUGGUUGUGAUAUUUGUGGGAAGAAGUUUCCAGUGAUGGGAAAUUUUAAGCGACAUACGAGAGUCCACACAGGAGAGAAACCAUUUGGUUGUGAUAUUUGUGGGAAGAAAUUUACCCGGAAGGCAAAUAUGAAGUCACACAUGAGAGCCCAUACAGGAGAGAAAUAGAUCUUUUCAGUCUGUUGUGAACGAUUCUUUCUGUAAAUGUGUUUGUAAGAACCACAACAGUUUUUAUCGUCUUUUAUUGUUUUGAUGGAUUUUAUUUUUUGUCUUUUGUG